GUUGGCGGUGUCGCGCGCGCGCCUUCCCCCGGGGGCGCAACGAAGUGCGGGGAGGAGAUGUUAGCCUGCGAUAAACACGCGGAGCUAACAUUCACAAUGUGGAACGCCACUUUCCUCAGCGCGAGGAAGCGUUGAGGAAAAGCUCGAUCGGUGCAGUUAGGCACCUGUUCCGCUCUUCGACACACUAAAAGAGGCUAAUGAUGGAUGUGGAAAAAAUGGGGCGCGCCUUCUUGUUACGCUACACCUUCUGGGGGAGUUUGAUCAUGGCUGUGCUGUUUGCAGGUGUUGCAGACUGCGAUCUCAGUAUCAGCACUUUUAGUCCCCCAGCUGUGAAUGCAAUGGCUGGUAGCAAUGUGAUCCUAAACAUAUCGUUUAGUGGAGCAACAAAUCCUUUGGUAGAAUGGACCCAGAACAAUGUGCCUGUUGUGACCUGGAUCAUUAAUUCCACAACUCCUCCAAUGAUAUAUGAUCAGAACCAUGUGCUGGGUAUUGUGAGUAAUGGGUCACUCACAUUCCAAAAUGUGCAGGUUAGCUACAGUGGCAACUACACUGUCACCAUCUUAAUGGUUGGGGUGGGAAAGUCAUCAGUCACAUUCCAAUUUAGAGUGUUUGGAUACCCUGUGUGUGCAGUUCAGGGAAUAAAUGGAAUGCAGAAACUUCAGUACAGCUGCCAGAUGAUGGGUGGCAGCCCUGAUGCCCAGCUUUCAUUUCCAGACUUGAGCAACAGCACCAGUACAAAUGAAAGCUUAAGCGUAAUUGUGGCGGCAUCUCAGAGUCUUAAUGGGAAACAGAUCAUGUGUCUUGUCAGCAACCUUCCAUUUCAACUAAACUGCAGUGUAAUGGCUUAUGGACCUAUGAGCUUCUUGCCCAUAGUUACAACCACAGUGGACAGCAGUGGCAAUAUGGUAGUCACCAUCAACAGCGACAGCAGUGCUGUUCCUCCUGCCAACCUUAUUUGGUCCAAAGAUGGGCAGAUCCUGACCAGUGGGGGGCAGUAUCAGAUCAUUAAUAGCACGUCUGUGCUCACAAUCCAGAACUUCAGUGUGAGCACGAAUCUUGGCAACUAUUCCUCCAGUGGCCAGAAUCCUCUUGGCAACCAGAGCAUGAGCAUCCAACUGCUGGGACCCACCAUAUCCAAUUUUAGUAGUUUUUUAAAUCAGGCAGGCACAGUGGUGACGCUCACCUGGGAUUGUCCUCGUACCUCUAUCAUCACAGCUUUUAAAAUCCAAAUGAAGGGACUCAACGUCACAGUGGGUACGAGUGACAGCAGGAGAAAACGUGCAACUGAAGACUUCCGCACAAUUUCCAUUAAACCAGCAAGUACCCGCAGCCAAGACCUCUCUGCACUGGACCCCAAAUCCACAUAUUGGUUCAGAGUUGUCCCCGUUGCUGGCAAUACCAAUGGUGCACCGUCCACAGAACUCAAAGUUGGACCAGCAUCUGGAGGUUUGAGUCAGGGAGCCAUCAUAGGUUUGGCUGUUGGAAUCCCCUGUGGAAUCCUCCUGCUCAUUAUCAUCAUCCUCAUUGUCUGCUGUCUCUGCAGGACGAGAAGACACCAGGAGCCAAGGUAUCCAAUGACUAGAAAUGCUGGAAAGGUGGAGAAAACACAGCCUAACCCACCACACACACUGCUGACUGGAGGGAUGAGAAACACAAAUCAGCCUCCUGGUUAUGAUAUCCAGGCUACAUCAGAGCGGUCAAGCCCUCUUCCCUCCAUGCUGACUCCAGCACAAAUGCGGAUUGCUACGACAGUCUGAGAAAGUUUACCUGACCUGUGCCAUACUAUUAAAAGACUCUUUGCAAUGUUUACUCUAAGUUAUUUGAAAGGAUGAUACACUGAUCAGUGUGGAUGAGCUGUAAUAGAGUAAAAACUUUGACAGCCAAAGAACAAAUCUGUAUGAAGAAUGUUCUUGACCUUCUAUUGUGCAACUCUAAUUUUUUCUUUAAAAAUUGCUGUGUUAUAUUUUUAUAUCUCUCUCAUUUGUGAGAACAGAAAAAUUCCAGUUGUAUUCUGUUAUUGAAACAUUUAUA